UCGGUCACUUCGCGUUUUUUAUUUAGUUUGUACCGCCGCGCUUGCCGUAGUUGUUUAGAACAUGUGGAUGCUCAAAGUGUGUGGUGCUGUGAGUGAGAUCCGCGAUAAACUACAUUAACAAACCGGGUAUUAUUACAUACUUAACAGCUUGGAUCAGGGUGAUCAUGGCCCAUCAGGCUCCCUCUGUGGCGAGGGAUGCAGUGUUAAAGGAGAGCAGCCCUCUGCCGGAGGACAUGCCCCAGAUUAAAGGCUAUGAUUUCAACCAGGGGGUGGAUCAUAAAGCCCUGCUGCAGUCCUUCCUCACCACGGGCUUCCAGGCCAGCAGCUUCGGUCAGGCCGUGCUGGAGAUCAAUAAGAUGAUUGAGAGGAGACUGGAGCCGGUGCAGGAGGAGCUCGAGGGCUGCGAUGAUUCACAUCAGUCUGGUUCAGGAUGCACCAUCUUCUUGGGCUACACAUCAAACCUGAUCAGCUCCGGUGUGAGAGAGAGUAUUCGCUACCUCGCACAGCACAGAAUGGUAGAUGUGAUAGUGACCACAGCAGGAGGGAUUGAAGAAGACUUUAUAAAAUGUUUAGCACCCACUUACCUUGGAGAGUUCAGUCUGAAAGGCAAAGAGCUACGACAGCAAGGCAUUAAUAGAAUAGGUAAUCUCCUGGUACCAAAUGAAAAUUACUGUAAGUUUGAAGACUGGCUGAUGCCUAUUCUGGACCAAAUGGUGCUGGAACAAAAAACAGAGGGCACACACUGGACACCCUCCAAAAUGAUCCACAGACUUGGCAAAGAAAUUAACAACCCAGACUCUGUGUACUACUGGGCCUAUAAGAAUGACAUACCAGUGUUUAGUCCCGCCCUCACUGACGGCUCAUUGGGUGAUAUGAUCUACUUCCACUCAUAUAAGAACCCUGGACUAGUGCUUGACAUUGUGGAGGAUAUUCGGAGGUUGAACAGCAAGGCCGUGUUUGCCAAGAGCACAGGAAUGAUUAUUCUCGGAGGAGGUCUCGUCAAACAUCAUAUCGCCAACGCUAAUCUCAUGAGGAACGGAGCAGAUUUUGCGGUGUUUGUCAACACUGGGCAGGAGUUUGACGGAUCUGAUUCCGGCGCCCGGCCAGAUGAAGCUGUCUCUUGGGGAAAGAUCCGCAUGGAUGCCUCUCCUGUAAAGGUUUAUGCUGAUGCUUCUAUAGUCUUUCCACUUUUAGUGGCUGAAACUUUUGCACACAACGCCAACAGGUUGAUCAAGGAGAAGAAGAGCGAUUGAUGGUGCUUUUCUCUUGCAAAACCCAUUUAAACGCUUUACCCCUCGUCACUCUCUUCCUGUUUGCUUGUCUUUCUGUGCAGAUGGUUUAAAUGCUUUAUUUAAAUUCAGAAAAUCAUGGCUAAUAGUCCAUUUAAACAAGUACAACAUCAGUGUUUCUUUUGUAUAUUAUGUAGAGGUUUUAUGUCAUUUUCUGUCAGGUAAAAUAUGUUCAAAACAAAUUUGCAAGGUUAUAUUUUCAGUUGUUUCUUGAGUUCACUAGUUUUUAUAUUUAAUUCUGUACCUAAUUCAGAAGGUACAAUGUUUGUUUUAUUGUAUUUCAUCCCUUGUUGUGUUGAGUACUACUUUUAUCUGCAUGUUUAUCCUCUCUCCAUUGUCAGAUUUUAAAAAAUAUAGUAAAUGUCACCAUGAAGAGUACAUUUAUUCCAUAACCUACAUUACUUUAUUAUUAUGUGGCUGUUAAAAUGCAUGGAUAUGUAUGGAGAGAGUUGAAAGACAUUAAAUAAUUUAAGAAAAUGUCUGUGUAUGUAAUGUAUAUCUCUUAACGUAUGCAUCUUUUUUGUUCUGUCACUGUAAAGCCACCAGAGGGCAGUUGUGAUUUACUACCAGUAAUCCAUGUCUCCCAAUCCACUACUGUACAUUUUUGUUAUUCACAAGAGGCACUUUUGAUUUACUUCUCUUGGCCAGGAGUGUAUAAACAGUUUAUUUAAUUACAGUGGGAAACUGUAGAGAUUUAUACUGUUUUUAGCUGUUCUGUGGAAAGCGGUAGUCGAGAUGUUAACGGCAUGUAUUGUGAUAACAUUUGCUCAGCUGUAGUAAGUGUGCAAAUCAAGUGUUUUGACCUAAAUGUCAAUGACUUAUUGAAUGUCUUGGUUUUGUUAGCUUAGUUUCGAAUUCCUUUUUGCACAUUUGAACUUUCAGCAAUAAGUAAUCUGUCUUGACCUAAAUAGUACCUAUCUGAAACCUG